AUGGCUCCCGAAGGUGCCCAUGGGCGAACGAAGCAGAGGAGCAAAAGCUUUCUGGGCCGCAAGCACACCAAGAAGCACGACGAUCCUCCUGCCAAGCAACGGUCCGCGACUGACCAUGGCCAAUACGAUCCUCGUGGCGGCAGCCUCGACGUAUACGAGAAGGAGCAGGAGAACGCGCGCCCACACUUCAAUCCGUUCGCAUUCUCGAUUAUACCGGACCCCUUGAACGAGUUGCCCACAUGGUAUCAUCGCGAAGUCGAGUUUGCGACCGCCUCUGCUGUACAAUUUCGCAUCCGCUACCCGCUGCACAAUCCUGUCGGGCCUCGCUGGUAUCGUAACCACCAUCUACUCGCGCCGACCAAAGAUGGCAGGCCGCCAUCCGUUUUCUCUCCAUCCUUCCCGCCCAUGGCAUCAGCGCCCGAGCGCGGGCAAGACCCUGCGCGUAUGGCUGGCCCGAGUAGGACGCCCUCGGGAUCGCCCCUCCCCACGCCGACCUCAUCGCAGAUCCGCAUCCAGGAGCCUCCGAAGCCGCGGUCUCGGAAAGUCUCAACGGGCACUCAUGACGGUGUGGACAUGUUGGAUGUCACGGACCCAUGGGGUACGAAUUGGCAUCACGAGUCGCCUUAUGAUAUCCAAUCUGACAACCGAAGAGCAGAACCACCUCAGACUCCUAUGAGCUCACGCGCGAGGCGGCAGAGCAUGACGAAUGGGAUUCGCCACAAGACAGUGACGCCCUCGCCACUCUCCCAGUCUACAUCUGCAGUCCACCUCCAUGCCAUAGACCCUGCGCAGAUACAGUUGCCACGCAAACUUAGCAAGCGGCGGAAACCGUUCACCGGCAUAUUCGGAGGAAACGAAGAUGAAGGGACUGUUCAAGGAAAGCUGCUACGCCGCCAGUCUGCAAUGGCACCUUCCAUGACAUCUCUGCCCUCUCUUCAACCGUCCACGCAAAAGGUGAAGAGGGGAAGCGUCCUCGGUCGUCUGGUCAAGCGUUUCAGUGUCAUGCGAAAACCCGACAAGGCUACGAACGCCUUGGGUACAGAGUGGCAACACUUCGCGAGUGCUGAUAACAGUCGACUACCGACUCCUAUCAGCCCUCUUCCUCCAGAUGGUGACCAUCGCGCGUCGUCGCGGAUGUCGAAGUCCCCGGACCCUGUCAGGCGUGUACCCGCGCCCUCUAUAGACGCAAACCCCGAGCCGCAGGGCUCUAUCCGUGCACCCAGUCGUCGAUCAUCGGGGUCCUCUGUACACGAGUUUAUGACGUCUGGGAGACUCACGAUAGCUAAUCCGGAUGAGCCGUGGGGCUCCGGCGGUAACACGCCAUUAGAAGAGGACCAUGGCCAUCCGCCCACGAUCCAGGAGGAAGCCACGCCCAGGCCUAUGUCAAGGGAGAAUCUACCCCUUCCGGAAAUCCCGAGGACGGAUUCCCCGGCACCGCUAGAGGAGAGUGUCAGGCUUUCACGUCCGUAUUCGACACAGCUCGUGGAUAAUGGCCCGGUUUUCCGCGACUCGCUCCCUCCCAUGUCCUCCCCUCCCCUUCCUGAGUUGCCUCUCCCUACACCCGCAACUGUCCUACAGAGCUUGCCCGAACCGUCUCCGGCUGAGAGUUCACCUGCACCAUCUACUGUUGUACCUCCGUCACCUUCUCCCACCCCGGCACAAAUUCAGAAGCCUCCACAUGAAGCCGUCCAGCCUGCACCCCCGAUGAUACCUAUGCCAUCUGUGGAAGACAUUGCCUUGGCUCGGGCGUCGAUGUUCGUCAACCCACCAACACCCUACACUACGCCCCUCGUCAUCCCGACCGCUGUUGUGGAGGCUCCCGAGCCCAGUCCUAGCAAGCGCGUCGAUCGCUCCCCCACGAAGUCGAAGGACACGAAGGAUGGAACAGUGCGCUCGAAAGCCUCGAUCGGAUCGCAGAGCCGUCAGACGGAGACCUUCAAGCUCAUCCGCAGUCCUUCUGGUAACAUCAAGCAGGCUGGGGAGGUCAUCAUGGGCAUGGGCGAGCAGUGGGAGGUUGUGGGUUCCCCCGGUGAGCCCUCCAGUUCGACGAAGAAGUCGAAGUCGAAAGACAGGGAACGUUCGAAGUCCUCUGAGCCCGAGCCUACUCGCCGUCGCGAGAGCAAGCGACGAGACACCAUCACAGAGGAGCCCGAGACCCGCCACAAGAGACAUCCCUCGAACAGCGGUCGCGAGAAGGCCCCCUCUCCCGACUACUCGCGGUCCACGCAGACCCCGAUCAUUCCGGAGCGCGUCACGUCGACGAAGACUGCGAGGCGCAGUUCUACCCUGAAGAAGCCUCGCAAUGACGAGAGCAAGGUUGCCAAGUCCUCCAGUGCCCCGUCUCCCGUUGCCCCGUCUCCGGCGCCGGCGCCCCACGGUCAUGAGCGUCAGGGAUCUGCCCAGACCUCGACGCGACCCAACUCCGAGUUGCACUCUUCCGCGGACUACUCCUCCAUGAAGGCCAAAGAUGCCUGGGAGAUGGAGCGGCUCUGGAAGGCGCGGAGCAUGGCGUAUGGUCCAGACGGUAUGCCCGUAGUCUCUACGCCUGCUACCAUUGGCAGUGACUCUCGCCCGUCGACGUUCAUUAGCACCGAACUCCAGCGGGUGAGCUCGAUCCCGAGCGUCACCGCCGUUGCAGAGAUGCAGCGCGCGUCGAGUUCCCCACCCGCGCCCGCGGCUCAGAUGCACGGCUCCAGCCACACCUACGUUGUCGUCCAGACACCGUACCAGGGCGCGCAGAGCCAGGCGGCGUCCUACACUCAGUUCGCCUCCGCGUCGACACCCAUCCUAUACCCUCCCGGCUCUCCUCAGUCGCACCCACAAGGAAGCCCUACACAUCAGUACUACAAACAAUCCUCAUCGAGCUCGCCCCCUCCCCCUCUGCGCAACUCCCUCUCACAUAACCCCCUCCCGGAACCCCCACGCCUCUCCUCUUAUCAGCCCGCGCCACUGCCGCCGUCGCUGGCCGGUUCGUGGACGGGCACUUCCCCGUGA